AAUUAACGUUUUCUCUUGUGAGGGAAGCCAUGUACCUCUGGUAAACAUAGCAGCCCUGUCCUCUUGUAUCUGCUUCCUGCCAGUUGUUGUUAGUGCAGCUUAGCAGCAGGAGUGGACAGGUAGGAUCAGUUCUAGAAAGACUGUGGGUGUACAGCCAUAGUAGGAUGCAGGAAGAAGCAUCAGAUAUCAGCUUGGAUUCAGUGGCCAGCACUACUGCCAGUGAUGUGUUGAUUCGUUCUACCAGUGUCCAUAGGACAGGCUCACUGAGGAAGGAGGGUGAAGACAUCAGCCAGGAGAUGAUGGAUCUGCUGGAUGUUGGGAUGGUGGCUGCAAGGAGUCAGGACAGUUCUGCUGUAUCUGGAGGGUGCAGGGAGCAGAGACAGAGGGAUACUUCCACAGCACAGCAGGACAUCCUCCAUGUGUCUGAUGUGUCCUGUCACAAGGGUGUCCUCCAGAGAUCACUGAGUAGGGGCAGCCAUGGAGAGGCAGCAUGGUCCCAGGACGCUGACAGGAGCACAGUCCGUGUGUCAGCGAAGAGAUUGCGAGAGAUUCCGAUACCAGAUUUCACCGCAAAGAAGAGAGACCCGUCCUACGUCCCUCCGGCUCUUCCUGCUAACAAGUAUCCUGCUGUCAGAUUCACCUUCAUGGGGGAGGCACCAGAUGCUGUUAGUGGUUCAUCAGCACAGAAAAAUACAACAUCCAAGAACUCCCGCUCUCCAAAGGUUCUUGUGACAAAACAUUUUCAAGAUGGUACAAAUGACCAUGUGAUCAAGAAGAAAACACAGGAGAGCAUCAGGCAGAAAAACAAAGAAGUCCAGAUUUCACAGUUUACUACUGGUCAAAAGAAAUCUCUCUUGGCAGCUUUAAACACAAGAGUACAGAGCGGCCCUGUGACUAAAGAAGUGCGUGUUCAGUUGCUUAAGGAUGCUGUGACCAGCAGUAAGAAGUGUACAGGCUCAGUAGAUGAGAAGGCUGGGAACAUUGAAGUCCAAUCAGCCGCUAUCGCUGCUGUCACUGCUGCCGCUAUUGCUGCCACUGCCCCAGUCCUGAAGGCUCAGAGUGAUCUGGAAGUCCAGGUGAACUCCGUUUCACAACUGCUUAACAAAAUGCAGGAGGCAGACAGGCAGCUGCAAAAGCUUACAGAGCAGCCGAUCCAGAUCCAAAGUCAACCAUCAGAAAGAUUGUAUCAUCGGGAAAGAGUGAGCGAGCUGGAGAAGCAGCUGGGCCAACUGACAGAACAGCGCCUUCAGCAUCUGGAGAAACUCCAGCACCAGCAGCUGGGAAAUGCAGGUAUGUACCUUGAGAAUUCUGCUUGUGCUUCAAAAGAAAUGACUGAAAAAAAUGGCAAAUUCCACAUUCUUUCCACUGGGACACCUAUUGACACAGUCCUUUCCAUUGGGAAUUCCGCACACAAUCUGGGACUUCUAGCUGCCUGUCAGAAAUCACUGACCAAAAUUUUUGGUGAAGAGAUUGGAAACCACUAUUCUGAUUUGGUGUUACCAUGGUGCAAGUUUGAUAAGCACUAUUUCCUUCAUGACAUUUCUUCUGCCGUGUCUCUUGUGGCAGAGACCAGUGAUUCAGGAAAGUCACCCUUAGUGACUCCAGCUCCCCGCAGGUUUGCUCCACAGCCAAUAUCUAUGGUGUACAGCCUCCACCCAAAGCUGUACUGGGGAAGGAAAAUGUCAAAGAGUCUGGAAAAUGCCACGAAUGCAGGUAAAAUUCACUUCUUGCAGCAGAUUCUUGGACACGAUGGCACUCCCUUGUCAAAAUCAUCAUACGCAACUCACAAUCCCUUAAACCUCUCAAAGAUUGACAGCCAGCCAUUUAAUAGCCGCUUUUUCCAGAGUGAUGGUGUCACUACAAGAACCAAUGUCACCUCUAGCACUGCAGUCCAGAAAGCUGAUGAUGUGUUGCAGGACCUGAAUACGCUAAAGCAGGAAAUGCAGAAACUGGUAAAGGAUGCAAAGCAAUGGGCAUCGCAAGGUGAAGAUUUGAAGCCAAGAGCAUCGUCCAUCAUUACCUCUGCUCCUGUAUUUGCAUCACAUUCCUUUCGUCAAUCAGCUGUAAAUCUACCAAAGUCAAGGUUUGAGGAUGCAAAGCGCAUCUUGAGAGAAGUGCAGAAUAGGAAGAAAAUCUUUGAAGACAAUUUAGAAGCCAUUAACCGGGCCAGGGAUGGCACUGCUUGGCACUCCCUCAUCAGUGCUUUGACCACAGAUGGUGAUAUUUCAGAGAAAAUGCGAAUUCAGAGAACUGUGGAUUGUUGGAUUAGUAAAAUGGAUUCCGAAAUUCAGGAUAAACUGGCAAGCGAGGAUAUUACGAAAAAGAAACCUGAAGACCGAGUUCAGGAGCCUUCACUUAGACGGAAUGCUGGAAGCGGCAAAGACCUAAAGAAUAAUAGAGAUCGGGAGAUCAAAGGCCCAGCAAGAGAUGCACUAAGAAGUACAAAGCCUUCCGCUGGGGUCUCCGCCAAGGUUCAGCCCAAGCCUGGUGCUGGGAAGCUCCCAGGACAGCAGAGCAGAGCCUCUCUGAACAAAGGUGGAAAGUCAAAGGAGCCUCAGAAGGUUGAUGAAUCCUUCCUGAUUGAUGAAGAAGCCUUAAACCGAGUUUAUGGGACGCCAGUGUAUGAAGGACACCGCAGCACCCUCAAAAAAGGACCAUACCUUAGAUUUAGCUCUCCCUCUCCCAAAUCCAAACCAAGGAGGCCUAAGGUUGUAGAGACUGUAAAAGGUGUGAAGUUAAAGUCAACCAAGAUGCAGACAGAUUCUCUUGAGACUGAGAUAGCGAUUGCCAGGGCGAAAGCAACCAAAUUUUAUGUGGCAAAGGAAUAUAGACCUCAGUAUUUAUUCAUUCCCUCUGAUGAACCCAACACAUCUAUUCCUAUGGAGGGACAGCUCAUGCAAGUUGCGAUUCCUCUAGGAAAGCCACGAAUUGGUACUACAGUUGCUUUUCCUUCAUCUGUAACUCGCACUAGACCACAUCCAGUUAUUGUCAAUGUGUCUGUUCCACCGCAAUCCCCUAAGGCACAGCCAAAAGUGGUGAGGCCCAACAUAGCGGUAGUGGAGAUGAAGUCUGAGAAGAAGGAACCACCACAGCUCUGUGUCCAGGUUUUGCCUUGUGUUGACAUUGAUAGUAUAGCCAGUGACAGCCCAAGCACAAGCCAAAGAACACCGAGUGCGGAAUUGGUGCCUCCUACCCCCAGCCCUGUCCAGCCUGACAUACAGAUGCCUGUAAAUGUCGAAACUGAAGAAGAAAUCCUGGCCCUGCCUGGCACCUCUUAUGAAGAACCAGAUUUCUCUGAGGAAGAGGAAGAAGAUGAAGCACUUUUACCACCAACCUUAAUGUUGGAAUUAAGUGGCAGAGGGGAGACGCAUGUAACCCAACAUGAUGGAAUUCCAUUCCCUCCAGUAGUACCCCCUCUACAAACCAUAACUGAUAUUCCAGAUAGGAAUGAGAUCUUGGUAAACAGGCUCAUCAGCUGGGUGAAGCAAGAAGUAAUAGCUCGUAUCAUCGAUGAGAGGCAUCCAGUGACCACAUCCAAUGAUGACCAGUCUAACGGAGCCUCAGAUGCUGGUGUGGAUUCCAGUUUAAUUCGCAACUAUGUCGAAGAAGCUUUGGCAGAGAUUAUCGCCAUCAUGCUGAGAGAGGCUCGAGCUGUGCCAACUCAUUCUCUGGAACAGCCUGAUGUGCAGCCUGGCCCUGAUGAGAUUGCAUCAAUUCCCACUCCUCAGAGCACACCUCCUGCUUCUCCCCUGCCUUCACCAAGGGAAAAGUCCAUCAUGAAAACACCUGAACCAGUUCCCACCCCUCAGAGCACACCUCCUGCUUCUCCCCUGCCUUCCGCAAGGGAGCCGUCCAUUGUGAAAACGCCUGAACUAUCUCCACAAAUAUCAGUAGAAGAACCAGAAGAGCUUGAUGACCAUGCAGAGAAGAGUCUUCCGGUCAAGGUUGACACACCCCCAAUAACUCCAGCACCUUCACCCCCCAAAGUUGCCACUCCCACACCUGUCCUAUCCGAAGAGAAAGAACCACCUGCUGUUCAGACUCCUCCUCCCAACCCUUGGGGUGAAAUAGAGCUUCCAUUGGAAGAGGAGAACCCCCACUCUCUCACGGAAGCUGUUGAGUUUAAAGAUGCAGCUGUAAUGACUGUGGCUGUAGAAGAAGAACCAAGAAGCUUAAUCUCUGCUGCCUCAUCAGAGAAAUCUCUCACAUUGUCACCUAAACAGAGGACUCCCUCGCCAGCGCCUUCUCCAGCGGUGUCUGCACCUUCCACGGAUGAGAGUAGCUUGACCGUCACUGUAACCGAGUCUGAUACCACAGACAAACCCAUCUCAGAAGGGGAGAUUGUAUAUAGCUACGGACAGAUAGCUGUUGCUCGAGCUUUAGCAGAAGGUGGUGUUGUUUUUCCAAACCUGACGGAGAGCUUAUCCAGCACUCUACGGGAUGCCAAUGAUAUGGAAUUUGACCCCCCCAGUGAAGGACAGGUAAUACAGGGACCUCACAGAGGAGCACAUCGGGACCCCAUCCUCUCGCUUUUAGCCAAAUUUAAUCAAGAUCUUGUUGCGCCACAUGAGGCUUUCUACCAUCUCGAGAGCUCCGGAGAGGACAGCAGCUUGGGGGAGAUCAGCGAAGGUCAGAGGCCAAAGCUGACCACGGCUGCAGAGCAAGUCCUGGUGGGACACUCUCUGUUUAUGGAUAGGCCUUCUAAUGUUGGCCAGACUGCUGGACAACCUCCGAAUCGUCCGUCGUCCCCUGGACAAUGCACUAAUAUACCAGAAGGUGAUGAUGCAGAUAAUAUUAGCUCUGGUCCAAUGAGCAUCGGGGAUUUAAAUGCACAGCUCUUGCCUGUUCAUUAUCCACAUGCCGACAAUCCAUACCAAAUACCAUCUGUGCCCAGGGACACCUCACAGGGUCCCGGACAGCCUCAAAAGGAACAUCAACCAGUGCCUACCCGCUUUAUACAAGUCGGCGUUAAGUCAGCUGAAGAGCUUCACCAAGUCAUACAAGGAACACAUGAAGAUACAGACAGAACGCGUGUUGAACCCAGUGUUUACUUCUCUUCCAAAUUUUCAGGAGAAGCAUCCAGGCCUACUAAAAACAUCCCGGUGACCCUGCCUACUAUGGGUGAAGCUGACGAGGAAGUCAAAACAUCUUUUGUCAAAUCUGAUUCUUCUGACGCCGAUAGUUUUUGAAACAUGAAUAAGAUGCUGGAUGCAAGGCCAAAUCUAUGGUUAAAGCUCAACAGUCGGCUCACCAGAUACAUCAACAAAUCACCUACUCGCUGGAGUCAACCCCUCUCUAACCAGAAGAUUAGUGUCUCUACCUUACUAGCAAAUGAGAGUGAAUCUGGGCCAUAUAGGGAGCGACUCUUAAGAGAAGUGAAACUAUCUACUCAGUGGUUCUUUAUUGCCCAUUGAUAUUGGGCCCAAAAAGGUGUGGUACAGUUGGAACAUUGAGCAUUAUUUAAGUCUGAUUGGUCUUAACUUCUUGUGUGUCGAUCUGAAAUUUUUAGAAAUGUUAUCAAGCUAUCUUUUGUGAACUUCAAUAUACGUUCUCCUUAUGUAAUUGAGAUGAGGAGAGGAGAAGAUGUUCAUAGCCCAAGUCCUAACAGCAGUCUAGGGUGACAACUCUUCUACACCGUAUAUAACAAGGUGAAUGAGAGUUGUCAUCCUAGGACAAAAAGUGUGUUACUGGUAGGAUCGCCAGAUUAAUAUAAAGAAAAAUAAAGCCUGAAAAAAGAAAACAAAUGCGACCACCACGUCUUUUCAUAUUUUUUGGGGUUUAUAUACCCCUUUAGAGCUUUUUUGCUAUGAGGCUCCAUAAACCUUUUCACGCUUGUUGCCCUUUUUGGCAGCUGUGUUCUUGGUCUCAUGAAAGUAGAACUUUCCAGUACUAAAUUUUUAAUGUGUGAAAUGUUUUCCAAAAUUUUUAAUAUGAGUAUACACUACUGUUCUCCCAUAAUGGAGCCCUGCAGAGACUUUAUUAGUGUUGUGCAACAUGGUUCUCUAUCAGCCGAGCCCUCUGGAAGCCUUGUUCAGCAGACCUGACUCUUUCAUACGUCAGAGUUUACCUUAAUUAACACAGGCGCAAGGCAUCUCAUGAAAUCACUUUUUUUGUAAAUUAUUUUAAUACAGAUGUUUUUUUUUCUCACAAAAUGUAAAUCUAAAACGUUUUUUUAUUUAAAUUGUGUCUCCCCAUGGGGAGAAUUUCCUUCUGCCCUGGUGACUAAUAUCAAUGUGACAGGAAGUAAUGAGAAAUCCAAGACAUUUUCUCCACUUUGGAGAGAUUUCCUAUUAAUUCUUGUGUCUCAGGAUAGGACACUGUACACAGGGGGAAAAAACAGAGAUUUUUACCAUUCCAUACUCUAUAGACAACAUUUGGCUUUAGGUAUACUUUUUAAAUCAUAUGAAUAAAAAUAAAGUUUUAGCUGUUCAUCACAUUUUAGGUUUUCAACAACUUGUUGCACUUGGUUUAUCAGAUAUAAAGAACUUAAAAGGUAACAAUAUAUUCUACUAGUUGAGAUUUGUUAGACUUGAAGAAAUGCCUUAUGAAUGUAUGGAAAUUCAUGACCAUGAUUUAUUUUUCAUGUUUACAUCAGCAAAAUGCAUUUGUUUUUAUGAUGUGUAAAUAAGAUUUAUAAUUUAUAUUUUGAAAUACUGAAUUUAUACAGAUGUACAUUAAAAUCUAGAAAUCCA